AUGCAUACAACAAUCGGUCAAACAUCGUCAACAGUAUCAUCUUCUUCAAUUCCUACCGCAUCAUCCUCAUCAUCUACAACAACAAAUCAUAUUGAACCAUAUCAUUAUCCACCUAUAUCAACACUUCGUCGACCGAGUCGACCAAGUAAUAUUGAUUUAUCAGUAUUUGAUGUUAAUAAUACUCAACAAUCUAAUGAUCAUGGCAUAUAUUCAGCACCAAUAUGUCAUUUAAAACAAACAAAUAAUAAUAGUCAUCAUCAUAAUCAUUCACAUCAUAUACAACAAUCAUCUUUAAUAUUGUCACCACAUCCACAUACAGCGACAUUUCAUUAUCAACCACAGCAACAACAACAACAGCAGCAGCAGCAGCAGCAGCAGCAACAACAUGUUCAAUUAUCUUCUCCACAUCAUCAACAACAACAACAGCAGCACCGUAUUCAUCAAUAUCAACAACAAGCCCAUCAUCAACAUCAACAACAACAGCAACAGCAACAACAGCAGCAGCAGCAACAGCAACAUAUACUUGAUCCAUUUUCACAACAUCAACAUACACCUCAUACAUUUCCAUUACAAACAUCAUCAAAUCAUUAUCAUCAUUAUUUUCAUUUUCCACCAGCAUCACAAAAUCUUGGAUCUACAAAUAAUUCAACACCACCAGCAUAUAGUCAAUUAACAUUACAAGCUAAUGUAACAAGUAAUGGUCAUCAUUCACCAUUAAAUCAUCGUCCAAAUGCAGUAUCAUCAUCAACAACAAAUACAAGUCAACCAUCAACUCCAACACAUAAUAAUCGUUUACUAGCCGUACAAAUUCAAGAACAACAACAACAAUGGUCUAAUCCAGUUCUUAGUCCAUUAAUGGUUAAACGAAUGAAUGAAGGGGGUAAUGUUGUUACAUCAAUGCAUAUCGAUGAUGAUGAAGAUCCAUCAGCUUCAAUUGAUGCUCUUGUUGCUGAUGUUGAUUCAAGUUCACAUGAUUUACUCGAUAAUCAACCAAAUAAAUCUGUUGAUGAGAAUAAAAUAACAUCAACAACACCUUUAACUGAAUCUCGUGCAAGUACAACAUCUCCAUCACCACAUUUAUAUCUUCGUAGUACAUCACAUAUAUUAACUACACCACCAAAUCCAUUAGCAUCCAAUGAUCAUCCAGAUAAUCAAUUAACUGUUGGAAAUAAUUUUCGAAAAAAUUUUAGUCCUAUACAUAGUGCAGGUUUUGAAUUAACAACAAAUAAUAGUGUACAAUUACCAUCAUCAUCAUCAUCGGCAGCAACAACAGCAGCAGCACGAACAUCAUUUUUUACAUUUGAUACAAAUUUUCCGGAACAAAAUGAUAUAAAACAUCAUUUAAAUAAUGAAAAUAAAGAAGAUAAUCAAGAUAAAACAAGUCGAACACUUAUUAUAAAUACAGAUGAACGAACAAAUACAAUGUCAACUAAUGGUUUAUGUCAAGAUGAUAAUAGUAAUCAUAGUUCGACGAAUAGUAAUAGUCAAAAUACAUCUUCAAGAACUCUUAGUCAGAUUUUAAAAUCUUCAGAAAAAAAAAGCCGAUUAUCUUCUUCAUCACCUCUAUCAAAUGAUAUUAAAGUCUCAUCAUUAGAUUCUACAAAUAAUAAUAAUAAUAAAUCUCAAACAAAUCUAUCUUCAUUAUCACCUCAACAACAAGGAGGAAAUCGUCAUUAUUGUACUCAUCCAGAUUGUACAAAAAUAUUUGCUAAUAAAAGUGCAUUAGCAAAACAUAAACUUACACAUUGUCAAGACAGACGACAUAAAUGUGUAAAAUGUAAUAAAGGUUUCAAACGAUUGGAUCAUCUUCAUGGUCAUAUGUUAACACAUGAAGAAGAAAAACCACAUAAAUGUCGUGUACCUGAUUGUAAUCGAACGUAUUGUGAUGCUCGAUCAUUAAAACGACAUAUUGAAAAUGCACAUCAAAAUAUUCUAGCUGCUAUUCAUGAAGGUGGACAUGAAGAAUAUAGAAAUUUUCUACCUGAUACAGCAUUUGUUAAAACAAAAGAUUUAAGUAGUGAUUUCUCAAUUGAUUCAAUUGAUAGUAAUUCUCCGCGAUCAUCAUCACUUGAUAAUGAUCAAUUAUUUCAUAUGAAUCAACAAAUUCGAUCAACAAAUGGACAUAAAUUAAUUCCAACUUAUACAUUUGACGAAGAAAAAUCUGUUGAAUGUCAUAUUUGUAAAAAAAGUUUUAAGAAUGGUGCAGCACUUAAUGGUCAUAUGCGUUUACAUGGUGGAUUUAAUGAUAAACAACCAUCACCAACAUCAACUGAUAAUAAUACACAGAAAAAAAAACGUAUAAUAUCAUCCGUAAAUAAUGAACGUCGUCCAUCAAAACGUAAACGAACUAAUUCUCCUACAACAUCAAAUGAUUCUAAUCAACGGCCAAUACUUCAACGUUCAAUGCCGAUUAAAAAUGAAGAAGAUGAUUUUAUAAUGAUAUCACCAACACCAUCAUCUUCAUCAUCAUCAUCGAAUAUGAAUCAUUAUCAACAAACAAUGUAUCCAACUUUACCACCAUGUUCAGAUGUAUUACAACAUCGUUUUUAUGAUCGAACAUAUCCAUCACGUACACGUUCAAUAUCAUCAUCGGUUAUUCAAACUCAAACAAAUCCAUUGUUACAUCAUACUAUUAAAAAUCCAAUGAGUGUACAACCCAUGCCAAGUAUUCCAAAACAAAAUCGAAAACAUAUUCCAUUACCAUCACAUCUAUAUGAUAGAAAUAAUAAUCAUCAUUAUGGAUUUGACAUACGUGCAAAUGAAGAAUCGAUUCAUAGUAGAAUGAAUAUGCCACAAAAUCCACAUAAUUCAUUGAAUAUACCAGGUGGUAUUAUAAGAUUUGAACAUCUUGCAAAUCCACAAAUAUUUCCAAAUGUAACAACAAUGCAACCGCAUGAUGAAAAAAUGAGAAAAACAUUAUCAGCUGAUGAAUCUUUAAAACAUUAUCAUUGUGAUCGACAGAACAAUAAUUUUUCACCAUCAAAACAUUCUCAACCUUAUACAUAUUGUCGAUCAACAUCCAAUCAACAUCAUCCAUCUAAUUUUUCUCAAUUUCCUGUAUCUUCUCAUGCACCUUCUACUUUAAAUCCAAAUAUCUUUCAUCAAAUUCUUCGUCAUACUAAUGAUAUAAUUAAUAAAGAAUUUUAUUUAUCACGUAAUGAACAUCUCAAUCAACCUCAUUCAACACUUGAUGAAUCUAUACGUUAUACACCAUCAACAAGUCCAUAUACAACAUAUCUAUAUCAUUCACCAUCACCACAUAUUGUUCAUUCACCUGGUGAUAAACUUAAUCCUACAUCUUCAGUUAUAAAUACACCGGUGACAUCACCUUAUUCAAAUAUAAAUACAAAUCAUUGUUCACCAUCAUCAUCUACAGAUAUGUGCAAUAAUAAUAACAAUAAUAAUAAUAUUAGUAAUAAUGGAUCAAUAAUAAAUAGUAUGCAACCAUCACCAAAUACAAAUUCUAAUUUGUCUCAUGCAGCAUUAAAAAAACGUAUUUUAAAUGCGUUAAAACAAGAAGCACAUGAUGAACAACAAAAUAAUCAAAUCAUGCAAGAUUUUUCACCAAUAGUUGAACAAAAUAUGGAUCAAGAUAAACAACAACAACAACAACAACUAAAUAUUGAAAAUUCUUUAGAUGAUUCAACAUCUUUAUUAACAUUAAAAGUUGUUCCUGAUACUGAUAGUCCAAUACUUGAUACAACAAAACCACAACAAACAUCAGGUUUUCUUAUUACAACACCAUCAUCAACAACAACAUCAAAUUCAUCAACAUCAUCUUCAUCAAGUAAUAUACAUUUUAAUUAUGAAAAUCUUCCUCAACCAAAUCCAUCGAAAGUACUAUCCGAUACAAAUACUAAUAAUAGUUCAUUUCAAUGGCCAUCACAAGUUUCACAAUUUCGUCGACAACAAAGUCUUAAUAUGCCAAGUCAAACACCAAAUCCACUUCCAACAACACCUUAUACACCACCACCCAUGCUUAGUCCAUUUCGAAAAGGACCAGGUCUGUAUUAUCAUGUUUUUUCUCAUACACCUGCUGCUACACAACAAACAACAACAACUGUACCAACACCUGGUUUACCAUUUACACCAGUACCAGAUGAAAUAUCUGGACCAAAAAUAAAUAUUGGAGAAAAAUAUCAAGCUGCUAUUCCAAAACUUCAAACAAAAAUCGAUAUUGAUGAUGAUGAUGAAGACGAAGUAGUAGAACAUGCCGAACUAUUAUUUUCUCCAUCUCAACUUGUAUAUCUUGAUGAAACAUCACUUGAAAAAUAUGAACAAUUAAGUCGAACAAAUCCUUUAUUAUUUUCUCCACGUCAUUCGCCAACAUUAUAUCCUAUUGAAUUAGUCUACAUGUUAUUACAUGAAUAUAAUGGUGAUUUACAACGUACAUUAGCUGCUUUACUUAAUGGUACAGCUCAAGAUAUAAAACAAUGUCGACCAUUGCAUCGAUAUCAUUUCCUCGAAUGUGAUACAUGGACAAAAGAAGAAAUUGAUGCAUUUACAAAAGCAAUGGAAACAUCAGAAAAAAAUUUUCUACUUGUUAGUCGAGCUGUUGGAACAAAAACUGUAAAACAAUGUAUUGAAUUUCAUUAUAUGCCAAAAGUAAAUUUAACAAGUCGAGAAUCAAGUACAAACUCAUUAACAGCUAAACGAAAACGAUUACAAAUGAUAAAAACUAAACAACAACAACCACAAAAACAAAUCUUUGAUGAUGAAACAUCAUCAUCAUUUACUGAAUUUCGUUUAGAUGAUGAUGGAAUGAUAACAAAUAGUGAUAAUUUAUCAAUAGCUCAUUUUUCAUGUGAUAUUGACAAUUGUUUACAGACAUUUCCCAGUGAACGAGCAUAUCGUGCUCAUAGAAAUGAUCAUCGUCGUAAAAGAAAUAAUUUAACAUCAUCUACAAAUAUAAAACGAAAUCGAAAUCUUGAUUUAAACAAGUGA